CUUCCGUAACCCAGUUCAUUGACGAAUUUUGUCGGCGGGCUUUUUUAACGUGACAUAAAUGCAUAUCUGAGAACUCUUUUCAUUCAUAAAACAUUAAGAUACACUCGCAACGCAUAUCACUGAUUAAUCAGACGCCGAUAUAUUAAGUGUUUUAACUAGACGGGUUCUCAGCGCCUGGCCAGGCAGAAAGGCCACAAUGAAACUCACAGACAAUGUGCUGCGUAGUUUCAGGGUUGCGAAGGUUUUCCGCGAGAAUUCGGACAAAAUCAACUGCUUUGACUUCAGUUCAAAUGGCGAAACGGUGAUAUCGAGUAGCGACGAUGACUCAAUUGUCUUAUACGACUGCCAGGAGGGAAAACCCAAACGGACCCUCUACAGUAAGAAGUAUGGCGUGGACCUCAUCAGAUACACACAUGCUGCAAACACUGUCGUCUACAGCUCCAACAAAAUUGAUGAUACCAUACGAUACCUGUCUCUGCAUGACAAUAAAUACAUUCGCUACUUUCCCGGGCACAAUAAGAGGGUGGUUGCUCUGUCUAUGUCUCCGGUUGAUGAUACAUUUAUAUCUGGCUCUCUGGAUAAAACAAUUCGUCUGUGGGACCUGCGCUCACCUAACUGUCAGGGCCUUAUGCACCUGCAGGGGAAGCCAGUGUGCUCAUUUGAUCCUGAGGGGCUGAUUUUUGCCGUAGGGAUAAACUCUGAGAUGGUUAAACUUUAUGAUCUACGCUCCUUUGAUAAGGGUCCUUUUGCCACAUUUAAACUGCAGUAUGAGCGGACAUGUGAGUGGACAGGUCUCAAGUUCAGCAACGAUGGAAAGCUCAUUCUGGUCUCCACCAAUGGAGGAACACUAAGGGUGCUGGAUGCUUUCAAAGGAGCUGUGCUUCACUCAUUUGGCGGCUAUAACAACAGUAAAGGUGUAAUUUUGGAGGCCUCAUUCACGCCAGACUCUCAGUUCAUUAUGAUUGGAUCAGAGGAUGGAAAGAUCCAUGUGUGGAAUGCUGAGAGUGGGAUGAAAGUAGCACUUCUUGAUGGGAAGCACACUGGUCCUGUCACGUGUCUGCAGUUUAACCCUAAAUUCAUGACUUUUGCAAGUGCCUGUUCUAAUAUGGCAUUCUGGUUACCCACGAUUGAUGACUGAUGGGCAGUUGUCUGGAGUUCAGAAACAUUUGACUGCCACCGUGAUGUCUUUUUCCACCAGGUGGCAUCACAAACCCAUGUUAUGACAAACGGGCUGCUCACUGUAGGACUUUUUGAACUGUAAAUAGGUUGGCCUUUAUGCCAAGUUGUAUUUCUUUGUUAAUUUUAUAUCUGUAUCAUUAAAACUUGUUCUUUUGUAAAUCAUUGUAAAGUAAUCUGUAUACAUCUUUGUUUUAUUUUUAUUUUUUUCUCCAUGAGGUAGUUAAAAAGUGCUCUAUAAAAGAAGUGUGUGCAAGAGGAAUAAUGUAAAACUUGCCUGCAGAACUGAUCUUAGCUAAUCAUAUUAUUCAGUGAAUGAAACAUUUUUAUUUUAUUUUUUAAUGUGUUUAUACAACUUGCAGAAAACUGUCCAGACAUAGUGUUUUGAAGCUUCUGAGACACUUAACAUGAAAUGUAACCUAAAAUACCUGUGUGAUUAUUGCUUUUAUGCCUUUCUUUUACCCAGUUUUGCCUGUUUUCUUUUUUAUAGUCACAUUUUGUAAUAUCAGCAUUCUACCAAAACACUUAUAAAACAGAAAUCCACACAGUUCUCAAGUUUAAUUUUGUUCAGGUAAUUUUUUCACUAAAUCAGUGGUUCUCAACUGGCUUUGCUUUACGCCCCAGAUUUUACAUUGGACAUCGUUGUGACCCAAUAUCGAACCAAAAUUAUUCAUCUUACAAAAUAAAAAUACAAAAAUGGUAAUAUCAAACAUUGAAAGUUAUUAAUGUUACUAUGAACUGCAUUGGCCCAAUAAAAUUCUACAUUAUUUUA